AUGAAUCAACGGUCUUUUCGAAAACUACCUUCGUGGCAGACGGACGUGCUUCAGGAAGACGUGUCUACGAAAUUCCUAUUAAAAUAUUUCGAGUUCAAUUUUGACGCCGCCGCGGAUGCUAGAAAUACAUUAUUUUGUAAUGGCUGUUACACGCUUCAGGUGCAGAUGCCUGAAAAGAAGAAGGCAGUUGGUGCAGACACUGGAAGGAUGGUGGGAUUUGGUGUCAUACCUGUUGGCCGGUUCAGGUCU